CAUGGGGCCACAGGCCCAUAUGUGAGCACUUGACACCAUGGCAGAGGGGAGCGAGCUAAUGAGCAGGCUCAUGAGUGAGAACGCAGACCUGAAGAAGCAGGUGCGCCUCCUGAAGGAGAACCAGAUGCUGAAGAGACUGCUCAGCGAGAGUUGCCAGGACAGCUGUGGCCGAGGGAGCCGGGACCUGCUCUAUCCCAAGGUCCCUACCUACCCUGAGGCCUGCUCCCCCGGGAAUGGAGGUUCAGAUUUUGGAAGGUUUGCCAGCGUCCCUGACACAGCCUCCCAGCUACAGACAUCCUCUCUGGAGGACCUGCUUUGCUCCCAUGCUCCACUCUCCAGCGAGGACGACGCCUCCCCAGGCUGCGCGACCACCUCUCAGGUGCCUUUCAAGACCUUCCUCAGCCCUCCCGAACUGCACGCACGGAUUGCCGACAGGAAGCUGUCCUCACUCUUGAGUCCCUUGCAGGACUCCCUGGCUGACAAAACCCUGCUCGAGCCCAGGGAAAUCUCGAGACCUAAGAAGGUGUGCUUCUCGGAGAGUAACCUGCCCACUGGGGAUAGGAGCAGGAGGACCUAUUACCUCAAUGAGAUCCAGAGUUUUACGGGUGCCGAGAAGGAUGGCCGCAUCGUCGGGGAGAUCGCGUUCCAGCUUGACCGGCGUAUCCUGGCCUAUGUGUUCCCAGGGGUGACUCGCCUGUAUGGUUUCACAGUGUCCAACAUCCCUGAGAAAAUCAAACAGACAUCUAUCAAGUCCCUAGAUGGCUCCGUGGAUGAGAAGAAACUGCGCGAGCUGACACAUCGCUAUCUGACUCUGACGGCAAGGCUGGAGAAGCUGGGCUACAGCCGCGAAGUGCACCCAGUGUUCAGCGAGUUUCUCAUCAACACCUACGGCAUCCUGAAGCAGCGUCCAGACUUGCGGGCCAACCCACUGCACAGCAGUCCGGCCGCCCUGCGCAAGCUUGUCAUUGACAUUGUGCCGCCCAAGUUCCUGGGUGACUCCCUGCUACUGCUGAAUUGCCUGUGUGAGCUCUCCAAGGAGGACAGCAAACCACUCUUCGCCUGGUGAGCCGCUCGCCUCACCCUUGCUGCAAUAAACGUGUUUGUUCCAAACCCGGGGGCCCACCCGCGUCCUCCCGCAUGGAAAGCUGUCUGGCCCAGCAACAGUGGGGAGAGGCCACCUCCACGUCUGCGCUUGCCCAGGGCAUCCAGCAGCUCGGGCCGUGCACAGCCACCGGGCACCUGUUGCCUUAUUAAAAGCUUAUUUAUUUGUUUGCCUUA